UAGCUUCUUCCAGGUUGAAGCGGAAUCGUAGACGUCCUUCCAGAGGUUCCUCCUCUUCUCCGGUCAGUCGUCUACUUUCCGUUGGCCCGGCGUCGACUCCUCUCUGACUUUCUCUUCACACGUUUUGUGUCAAUCAGACCUUCCAACUCAUUUUUCGCCAUGGAUGAUCUUGACAAGGAGCAACUAGCCAUGCUGCGGAAGGUGUUCGACAGCUUCGAUCACAACAAGAAGGGUAGCAUUCCUUCCUCCAUGGUGCGAACGAUUUUCAUCGUCAUGGGACACCGUGUCGACGAUCGGAUGCUCAGGGCCAUCAUCGCUGAAGUCGACGCAGACGGCUCUGGCGAAUUGGAAUUCUCCGAGUUUGUGACGCUUGCUGCGCAAUUUCUUGUCGAAGAAGAUGCCGAAGAAAUGCAAAAUGAACUGAAGGAAGCUUUCCGUCUUUACGACAAAGAAGGCAACGGAUACAUCACCACAUCUGUUUUGCGGGAAAUUCUUCACGAACUUGAUGACAAGCUAACACCCGACGAUUUGGACGGAAUCAUCGCCGAAAUCGACGAGGACGGCUCAGGAACCAUCGAUUUUGAUGAGUUCAUGGAAAUGAUGACUGGCGAAUAGAUCGAAAAUCUUACAUCAUUAUUAACUCAGCACCCCCAUGUGCACCUCCAUUGGUUUUAUUUCGUUUGCAACCACUCAAUUCUUAUUUGGUCCAUGAUGUUGAGCCAAAACCUCUCUACGCUUUUUAACAUUGAUUGAUUUCCACCGAAUUUCUUCGAUAUUUAUGUAUACAGUGCGAAGUUGUCAACAAACACUGGUAUAUGUAUUGUUCACAAAAAAAUUGGACUUCUCUUUUGAUUUAUUUCGCUAAAAAUACAAAAAUUUCCACUUAA